AUGUUGUGUGGGCUCACUUCGCAGCGAUGGCGGCGAGGCACCAGUUCGAGAACAGAUAUAAGCAAUGAAAUCGGGGUAUUCGCAGCAUUAACAAAUGCGUACUGUCUUGCAGCCGUAGGUGGCUCGGAAAACUUUUACAGCGUAUUUGAAGCAGAGUUAAGUAACGAAAUACCCGUUAUCAAGGCAAGUUUGGCCGGGACAAGGCUCGUUGGGCGUCUUAGUGUCGGGAACAAGCACGGCUUGUUGUUACCGACUUCAGCAACAGAUCAAGAAGUAAUGCACAUAAGGAAUUCCCUACCAGAUGAAGUAAUAGUGCAGAGGACGGAGGAACGACUGUCAGCCUUAGGCAACUGCGUGGCUUGCAAUGACCACGUUGCGCUUGUCCACCCGGACAUAGAUCAGGAAACUGAAGAAAUCAUCGCAGAUGUUCUCGGCGUUGAAGUAUUUCGACAGAGCGUUGCCGGUAACGUCCUCGUUGGUAGCUUUUGUAAAUUUUCGAAUCGGGGUGGUAUGGUUCACCCGCAGGCCUCGGUUCAAGAAGUCGAUGAGCUAUCAUCCCUCUUGCAGGUUCCGCUUGUGGCCGGCACAAUAAAUCGCGGCAGCGAUGUGAUUGGUGCUGGUCUGCUUGUGAAUGACUGGAUCGCUUUCUGCGGGCUCGAUACAACUUCUACGGAGAUACAGGUCAUAGAGAGCAUUUAUCAGCUCCACGGUGCAGACUCAAGCGGAGCUGUACGAGACAUACGAGCCUCUCUCUUGGAUACCCUCGUCUAG